AUGGGGCGAACCACGUGGUCCGGGAAAGGGGGAUUCCGAUGGCGUGUACCAAGUUGAAGCAACCCUCGUGUUUAACCCGUACCGGGCUCGCGUAGUAAGCGUUAAGGACAUUCAACUUUGUUUCGUAUUUACUAAGGAGCAUUCUGAGAAAACGAUCACACGUUUUGAUUUCAAAUUGUCUUUCGGUUCCCUGUUAAACUCUGUUUUAAGCAUGAAUCUCAGCCUGUCUGACCAGAACAUGCACCCCCCUUGUAAGGGUGGCCCGGAGGAGGAGAAACCAGAGCUGCUCCACCCAUGUUUCCGCCGGUCGAUGUACGACGACUCUUUGGCCACCUACUCCAACGAUUCCAUCAUCUCGCAGCUCCUCCGCAAAACUAUCCAGAACAAGAGGGCGCUGGACGAGGGCCUCUUCUACCUGCCGGCUGCUGCCCUGUCAAGCUCAAGCGUAGCAGACUCCAGCCAGGAGGACCAUAACAGCACUUCCUCCAAGAACAGCGCUGUAGAGCCUGCGUCGCCCGGCAGCCAGAGCUCCCCCGAAGGUGAGCGACCCGUGAGCGAGCACCACCGCGCCAAACGCGCUCGAGUGGAGAACAUCAUCAGGGGCAUGGCGGGCUCCCCCAACGCCCGGCUUUCUAGCGACGGGGAGAGGGGAGAGGAGGACGCCAGAGAAGCUCGAGAUUUCUACAGGGAGAACAAGAGGAAGCAGAGGGUGCCCCAGCAUCAGGAGCACGGCCUGAGCGAAGGUGCCUCGGCCGGCAGGGGGAGCGUCGGCGGCAGCAGAGACGAGGAGUGUCAGCGCCUGCGGGAUCAGCUUCGUGCGAUGCAGCGUCUCCUCAGACAGCUCCAGGAGAAGUUCGUCCAGGUCCACAGCCUCAGCGACUCUGAACAGGACGACAGGGAGGAAGCGGGCUCGGCGUGCGCCACGGAGCACGAUGAUGUCACCGGGGAUCGGGAGCCUCAAGAGGGGUCCGAGAGCGAACCGCACACGGAGCCUGAUCGUGAGGUCGGGAGGAGGCCGGAUGGUACUAAAAUGUACAGGAGACAGGCGGGGAAGAGAGAAGGCGGCCAAGCAGCUGUGCGCGCAGAGGGGGAGAGCCUGCAAGAGGCUCUCAAGUAUGAGCUGUCUAGAGCCGUAGGCGAUACCGUCGACGCCUUUUUCAAGAAAUUCUCAGCCACACUGUUGACUCAGCCAGCCCCUGUACGUGUGGCCCAAACGCCAGUCAACGGGAACUUGGGACUCAAGAAGAGCACCAAAGGUCCAAGUUCUCCAGAACUAUUCAGAACUGAGGAGUCGGUGAAAUCCAGAGCGCUGGACUACUGCGAGGGUGCAGAGGCGCAGAGUGCCGAAGGCCAGACGGAAGCGCUGUCGCUGGUUGUCCGCAAGCCAGCCCUGAGCCACCCGGGUUCGACCGGCCAGGGUGUGAAAAGGCCCUAUCCUCUGCACCACGCCCCCUUCCAUUUUGGCUACAGCGCCCCCUUCCACGAGAACCAGAUCCUGGAGCACCUCCUCAAGUACGGCCCUCACGGCAGCUUCGGGAGCUUCUCCUGCCUGCCGCCUCCGAUGGACAGGUCCUCGCCCGACUCUGUGGACUUGGUGAGUUCCAUCCCCGCGGGCCAUCACUCCCGACAGGCCGCCUUGGGACCCAUGAUGGUGGACGGCCUGAGCCUCCCUCACGUCAAGAUGGAGUGCGGCGACCUGCCCGCCAUGGCCGAGAGGAACCCCUACAUGCCGCUCAAUAUUCAGGAAGGACUGACCCCCAGCCACCUGAAGAAGGCCAAGCUCAUGUUCUUCUACACACGUUACCCCAGUUCCAAUGUGCUGAAAACCUUCUUCCCUGAUGUGAAGUUUAACCGCUGCAUCACCUCCCAGCUCAUCAAGUGGUUCAGCAACUUCCGCGAGUUCUACUACAUCCAGAUGGAGAAAUUUGCCCGGCAGGCUAUUAUGGACGGCGUGAGCGACGUGAAGGAAAUGUGCGUCACCCGGGACUCCGAGCUCUUUCGAGCCCUCAACAUGCACUACAACAAGGCCAACGACUUCCAGGUACCCGAGCGGUUCCUCGAGGUGGCUGAGAUCACGCUCCACGAGUUCUUCAAUGCCAUCUCCCUGUCCAAAGACUCUGACCCAUCCUGGAAGAAGGCCAUCUACAAGGUCAUCUGCAAACUGGACAGCGAAGUUCCAGACGAGUUCAAAUCGUCCUCCUGCUUGUAGGAGGAGGAGAAGGAGCUGUGGGCGGUGCCCCCACAAACCCAGCAGAUCGUCGUACGCGAUCGCUGACACACACGUGACACGUUUUGCGGUGGAUUUUAAAUGUCUGUUUCCGGCCUUAAUUAUCUGCAGCUUGUCUUUUCAUUUGAUGCCGAGUGCUGGGUGGACAAUCACGCUCUCGCACACACGCGCACACACGUUACGUAAUUAUGUACACUUCAAGUUGAGCUCAUUUGGAGCUGCCCUCCGGAACUAAGUCCACCAGCUUCAUCAGCUUCACGCGACUAACCGUAGCGUCAACAGUAGAAUUUUCCAUUUUUCUAAUAGUUACACAGCCAUUUAAACGACCGUCGCCGGUCGCGUCGGACGCAUCGCCGGGCGCUCGGUGGUCGAAGUUGCUUUCGUAAAGGCGCCACUGGGAACGAGCGGAUCCUGUAGAUUUUAAGGUCGAUGAAGCGUCUGAACGACUGCCAGCGCAGGCAUUUUUGGCUGGAUUUAUAAGUGUUACGUUUGCUGUUCGUGCGUUUCAGCCGUUAAGAGUAGCGAUUGUCGAACGUAGUGACUGAAGCGCGUGGUUCUCGAAGCAUCUCGGUUCAGAAACGGCAGAGCUCAGUGUUGGCGUCAGUCAGCGUAGGUGCGUUCGGGAUGCUUUCGUUCCUUCGCCGUGUUCAAGAGAAGAUGAUCGUGUUUAAAAUGAGCUUCCUCGUCUCGUGUUCCGUAACUAGCGUGUACGUGUCAAAACAUCUUCCAAAGCCAACAUUUUGGCAACGGUAGCGUCUAUAGUUUCCUUGAAUAGACAUA